CCAACACCCACUUCCCAUCAUCAUAAGGGUCAACUCCUUGCCUUGUCUACACCUCAUUACAGGGCUCUCCAGGAACGCACACCACGCCUCUGCCUGGAUCUCAGUGCUUCACUUGACUUAACAGGGCUUCUUGCCCUAAGACAUUCUUUUCAUUCCUUUGCUGCCCAGCGAGAAGGCACCCACCCCACAUCUUCCUGAGACCCAGAGAAUCCAGAGCAGGAGCAAGAGACCAGCUUCUCAUCUGGAAAUUGAAGGCCUAAUACCUGUGCCAGAGACUCAGACAUGAAGUGUGAAGAUCAAGUGGAGGCUCUAACCCACCCAAAAGCUCCCUAUCAUAGGGAUGCUCUGGCAGCGAGGCAAUGAGGAGAUUCUGACUUGACUGCAAUGUGUGACCUGGAGAAAGAGGGGAAAAGAAGGAGCUGCCGGCGAUGACGUCCUGGGAAAGAGGCUGAGGGAGUAAAGGCAAAAGAGAAACACCUACCUGCUGCGACCUGGCAAGUACCCAGUGGGACUUUUCAUAAAACAGUUUGAACACACUCCCCCGACAGCCCUCAUCCCUCUAGGUCUGGACGGGAACAGGCCAUGGUCAACCACAGCUCCCCGGCAGGCUUCCUCCUUCUGGGCUUCUCUGAACACCCAGAGCUCGAGAGACUCCUCUUCGCGGUUGUCUUCGCUUCCUACCUCCUGACUCUAGCUGGCAACACACUCAUCAUCCUGCUGUCCGCACUGGACCCCAGGCUCCACUCCCCGAUGUACUUUUUCCUCUCCAACCUCUCCUUCUUGGACCUCUGUUUCACCACGAGCUGUGUCCCCCAGAUGCUGGUCCACUUGUGGGGCCCACAGAAGACCAUCAGCUUCCUUGGCUGUGCUGUCCAGCUCUUCAUCUUCCUGCUCCUGGGGACCACUGAGUGUGUCCUCCUGACAGUGAUGGCCUUUGACCGCUAUGUGGCUGUCUGCCAACCCCUCCACUAUGCCACCAUCAUGCACCCCCGCCUGUGCCGGCAGCUGGCCGCGGUGGCCUGGGUCAUUGGCCUGGUGGAGUCCAUGGUCCAGACACCACCCACACUCCGCCUGCCCUUCUGCCCCCACCGGCAGAUAGAUGACUUUGUAUGUCAAGUCCCUUCUCUAAUUCAACUCUCCUGUGGGGACACCACCUACAAUGAGAUCCAGAUGGCUGUUGCCAGUGUCUUCAUCUUGGUGGUGCCCCUCAGUCUCAUCCUGGUCUCUUACGGUGCCAUCGCCCGGGCAGUGCUGAGGAUCAGCUCUGCCACAGCAUGGAGGAAGGCCCUGGGGACCUGCUCCUCCCAUCUCGCUGUGGUCACCCUCUUCUACAGCUCAGUCAUUGCCGUCUACCUCCAGCCCAAAAGUCCCUAUGCCCAGAGGAGGGGCAAGUUCUUUGGUCUCUUCUAUGCAGUGGGCACACCUUCGCUUAACCCUCUCAUAUACACCCUGAGGAACAAGGAGGUCAAGAGGGCACUUGGGAGAUUGCUGGGGCAGGACAGGGACUCCAGGGAGAGCUGAGGGAGAGAUGCUUCAAGUGCUUUCUAAUUCGUGAAGAGUUUCUUCAUGAUUUGUGAGAAAAUUGAG